ACUAUAAAAGCGCUUCAUUCGCCCGUGGACUACUUCACCGAGAAAGAAAAACGUUAAUCAAACUUAACAGGCUUGUUACUUGUUACAUAAUAAACCAAUAUGGCCUCCAAAAUCGCUGCCUGCCUUGGGUGUGCAUUUUUGCUUGUUUCAAAUGCUUUUCUUUGGGAAGUCGACGCAGCUGGAGAGUGCGGUAAGACCCCGAUUAGGUCGGCUGCAGCGAGCCUUAGCCCUUGCCUGAGCGCAGCAGGAAAUGCCAAGGCUAAGGUUCCACCUGCUUGCUGUGCCAAAGUUGGAGCCUUGAUCAAAACCGUGCCGAGAUGCCUCUGCGCUGUUCUGCUCUCUCCUUUGGCAAAGCAGGUUGGGAUCAAGGUUGCCAUUGCCAUUACAAUCCCCAAGAGAUGCAACAUUAGGAACCGACAGGCUGGAAAGAAGUGUGGAAGGUACACAGUUCCAUGAAAGAAAUCGCCCUUGGGAAAGAGGAAGUGUCGAAUAAGAUUAAGAGUUGUUAAAUAAGUUGCCAUAUGUCAUGUGGGGUCAUGUUAUAUGCUUUAGAUUAAUGGUCCAUGUAGGCCCCACUUUCUAGUUUUAAUGGAUCAGUGUGUAUGCCUGUUAUUGUGUUCAUCUAAACGAAUUACUCAUGAUUAUCAUUAA